AUGAAUAUAAACGUCCGUCGGCGGUUAGGGCUGCGACGCUCAGUGGGCCGCUUAUGGCAUCACCACAUUUUCCGUGAGUCAACCCUCUCCUCCCCACCAAACCCAAGCUCCAACAAGAGCAACCCCUCCAACACAAUAAUUGAGUCAACCAUGACCGAACCCACCAACCCAGCGCUAACAGCGCCCUCAUCAGCCGCAACCCCAGCAAAUGAACCCCAACCCCAGACCCUUCCAAUCCGCGAUUCAAAACCCGCCAAGCCAGUCGCCAAAGAUGCCACCGCGCCCACCGACGGCGCUGCCGACGCCGACAAAACCCUCACACCAGCCGAACUGAAGAAAAAGGCCAAGGCUGAAAAGGCUGCUCGUCGCGCGCGCGAGAAGGUUGAGAAAGACCAAGUCGGCGCUCCGGCUAGUGGUCCCGCGCCUGGUGCCGGUGGUGCUGGUCGUGGUGGUGCACCUGCCACGCCGAAGAAGGAUGCUGGUGCUGGUGCUGCGCAGAAGGGUGGAAAGGCUGCCCCUCCGCGUCGGGGAUCUGGGCCUGUUGGCGCGAGUGCGCCUGUUGAGCAGAAGAAAAAGAAGGACGAUAAAAAGGUUGCUGUCUUUGGUCAUUUGUAUGGCCACCAGCGGCGGACUACUGUUGCUGGCGCUGGCAAGGAGGUUCACCCUGCGGUUCUGUCUUUGGGUUUGCAGUUGAGGGAUUAUGUUGUUUGUGGAAGUAGUGCGCGCUGUGUUGCUACUUUGCUUGCAUUCAAGCGGAUCACAUACCUUUCGACAUGUCGGCCUCUUUCAAUCUCUCAGGGCAAUGCUAUUCGGGCUCUGAAGUUGGCUAUUGCAAACGUUGAUCCUUCUACCCCCGAGUCCUCCGCCAAGGCUACAUUGUGCGAUUUCAUCGACAGCUUCAUCCGCGAGAAAAUUACUGUUGCUGGCCAGGUCAUCGCCGACAGCGCAGCGCAAAAAGUUCAGGAUGGCGAUGUGAUUGUGACAUUUGCUGGCAGCAACGUUGUCAAGGACACGCUUCUGCUAGCACACAACCAGGGAAAACGUUUCAGAGUUUCGAUCAUUGACUCGAGACCCCUGUUCGAAGGCAAGAGUCUUGCCCGCGCACUCGCCAAGGCCGGAUUGGAUGUGCAGUAUACCCUCGUCCAUGCCACUACCCACGCCAUCAAAGACGCCACCAAGGUCUUCCUCGGUGCCCACGCCAUGACCAGUAACGGCGGCCUCUACUCUCGUGUUGGCACCGCUUUAGUCGCCAUGUCUGCCAAAGAACGCGCCAGCGGUGUUGAAAUCCCUGUUAUCGUCUGCUGCGAGACUGUCAAAUUUACCGAUCGUGUAGCCCUCGACAGCAUUGUCGUCAACGAAAUCGCCGCUGCCGAUGAGCUCGUCCCCUCCCAACCCCCUCAACAACUCACCGGCUUGCCAGACCCCGGUGCCAACUCCCCUGCCCCGAUUGAUAAUAAGAAGGGUGGAAAACCCACCCCUGCCGCAUCCACACCUGAGACACCUGUUGCAUCAUCCUCGACAUCCCCGCUGGCCAAUUGGAAGGACACGCCCAAUCUGCAGCUGUUGAACAUCAUGUACGACGUUACCCCUGCCGACUAUGUUGAUAUGGUUGUCACCGAGAUGGGCAGUCUGCCACCUAGCGCGGUCCCCAUUGUCCAUCGCAUUAGUACGAAUCUGUGA